CUUUGCAGAUCUUUGAAGAGAGUGCAGCACCUACUCUGAGUAUGGACUUGGCAAGUGAGGCCCAUGUUCUGGUGGUUUUACUCACCUGCCUGCUCUUGAUGUGCCGGGCUCAAGAGAAGGACUACACCGUAAAAGAGGAGCAGCCGGAGAAUGUGCGCAUCGGAAACCUGCGCAAAGACCUCAACUUGAACCUAGAUCCAGACAUUAAACUGUCUUCAGCGCUGCAGUUUAAACCUGUCUACAAGACGGGUGAUGUGCCUUUGGUCAAGGUAGAGGCAAGCACGGGAGAGAUUUUCACCACAGCCAACCGCAUCGACCGUGAGAAACUCUGUUCCGGAGUCUUCAAUGAGAAGCGCUGCUUUUACGAGAUCGAGGUCGCCGUGCUACCCGACGAGAUUUUCCGACUGGUCAAGAUCCGCUUCCUCGUCGAAGACAUCAACGACAACGCCCCGCUCUUUCAAUCGACUGUUAUCAACAUCUCAAUUCCAGAAAACACAGCCAUCAACAGCCGCUACCCUGUCCCUUCCGCAUUUGACCCUGAUAUAGGGAUCAAUGGGAUUCAACACUACGAGCUUGUCAAGAGUGUGAGCGAAUUUGGCCUGGACAUCAUUGAGACGCCUGAAGGAGACAAAUGGCCCCAACUCAUAGUCCAGCACAACCUCGAUCGGGAGACGAAGGACACCUUUGUGAUGAAAAUUAAAGUAGAGGAUGGUGGCACCCCUCCAAAGUCCAGCACAGCUAUUCUGCAGGUCACCGUCUCAGAUGUGAAUGACAAUCGGCCAGUGUUCAAGGACAGCGAGGUGGAGGUAAACGUUCCUGAGAAUGCCCCAAUGGGAACAUCUGUCACUCACCUUCAUGCCACAGAUGCUGAUCUGGGAUCCAAUGCUCAGAUUCACUUCUCCUUCAGCAACCAAAUCUCCCCUGCCACCAAACGACAUUUUGCUAUUGACAGCACAACUGGACUGAUUACUGUCAAGCAGCCAUUGGACAGGGAAGUCAACCCGGUACACAAGCUUAUAGUGCUGGCGAGUGACGGUAGCUCUACCCCUUCAAGGGCUACAGUGAUAGUCAAUGUAACAGACAUUAAUGACAACGUCCCCUCUGUAGAUACCCGUUAUAUAAUGAAUCUUGUUAAUGGCACUGUGCUGUUGUCUGAAAAUGCCCCCCUUAACACAAAAAUAGCUCUAAUUACUGUGAUGGACAGAGAUGCGGAUCUGAAUGGUAAAGUGACUUGUUACACUGAUCAUGAUGUACCUUUCAGACUGAAGCCGGUCUUCAAUGACCAGUUUUUGCUUGAAACUGCUGCACCUUUAGAUUACGAGACCACUCGAGAGUAUGCGAUUAGGAUAGUUGCAUCUGACUCUGGGAAACCUUCUCUGAACACUUCGGCAAUGGUUCUGAUUAAAAUAAAGGAUGAGAAUGACAAUGUCCCAGUUUUCCCUCAGCCCGAAAUCCAGCUGUCCAUUCCGGAAAACAAUGACCCGGGCACACAGUUGAUAAAAAUCAGUGCAACAGAUGCAGAUAGCGGUUCUAAUGCCCUUAUUAUUUAUAGUCUUGGCCUAGAUGCUCCUGAUGGGUUUAACAUAGAUCCCCGAUCUGGAAUCCUUUCUGUUGUCAAAAGGCUGGAUAGGGAGAAGCAGGAGAAGUAUUCAUUCACAGUCAUUGCCAGGGAUAAUGGUUCUACCCCUCUCCAAAGCAAUGUCACAGUGAAGCUAAUAGUCCAAGACCAAAAUGACAACAGUCCUGCCUUUACCCAUCUCGAGUACAACUUCUAUGUGCCUGAGAACCUGCCUUUGUAUGGGACAGUGGGUUUGAUCACUGUCACUGAUGCAGAUGCUGGUGACAAUGCAGUCGUCACUCUCUCGAUCAUAAAUGGGAAGGACAAUUUCAUCAUCGACCCCAGAACUGGGGUGAUCAAACCAAACAUUACCUUUGACAGGGAGCAACAAAGUUCCUACACGUUUGUUGUCAAGGCUGUGGACGCAGGUCAAAUGCAAACCACCUCCUAUGCCAAGGUCACCAUAAAUGUUGUUGAUGUGAAUGACAAUCGACCGGUGUUUGUCAUCCCCUCCUCAAACUACUCCUAUGAUCUAGUACCUUCAACCACCAGCCCUGGAUCAGUGGUGACCAGAGUAUUUGCCAUUGACAAUGACACUGGGAUGAAUGCUGAGCUGCAGUACAGUAUUAUUGGAGGGUCCCCGAGAGGACUGUUUGCCAUUGACAAAACGACAGGAAAUAUUACUCUGCAGGAGAAGAUUGUAGCAGCAGAUCAAGGUCUCCACAGGCUGGUGGUAAAGGUCACGGACUUGGGACAGCCUGAGUCCUUACAUGCAAUCGCCCUUGUCCAUUUGUUUGUCAAUGAUACUGUCUCCAAUUCCACAUUCAUCCAGGAGCAACUUCGCAAGAGUUUGGAGACUCCUUUGGAGCGGAACAUUGGGGACAACGACGUGACACCCCAGACCAAUGGCUACGUAAUUGUUGUUAUUGCCAUAAUAGCUGGAACUAUGACCGUUAUCUUGGUGAUCUUUGUGACUGCUUUGGUACGCUGUCGACAGACACCGAGACACAAAGUUGUCCAGAAGAGUAAACAGAGUGGCGAGUGGGUAUCACCCAACCAGGAGGGCCGGCAGAUUAAAAAGAAAAAGAAGAAGAAGAAGAGGUCCCCAAAAAGUUUGCUGCUGAAUUUCGUAACCAUUGAGGAAGCCAAGACUGAUGACUCUACUCAUGAGCACAUCAAUGGCACCUUAGACCUCCCUGUUGAACUUGAGGAGCAGACAAUGGGAAAGUAUAACUGGGCUACCACACCAACUACCUUCAAACCUGACAGUCCUGACUUAGCCAAGCACUACAAAUCCGCUUCCCCUCAGCCAGCAUUCCAGAUCAAACCAGAGACCCCUGUGGCUCCCAAGAAGCAUCAUGUCAUUCAGGAACUCCCACUGGACAACACAUUUGUGGUGGGCUGUGACUCACUCUCCAAGUGUUCCUCCAGCAGCUCUGACCCCUACAGCGUUUCAGAAUGCAGCUGUCAAGGGGGCUACAAGGUACCUGGACAAAUCCACACCAGACAGGAGACGGCACUGAAACCACCACUCUAUGGCACACUCUGUGGCACAGGUACAGCUCGCUCCCACAGGAUAAAAAUCAAUCUCUAGCUGCCAUUUCCUAAAGAGAGGGAGGGAGGGAGAGGAAGGCACUCACUGAAGAGGUGAAAACACGAACUGUACAGAUUCUCCAGCCUCAAACGAGUCCUAGAGAGUAAUGCCAGACUAAUUUAACCAUCCGAAACUCUGCUUGUGACAUGUAGGAGGUUUGAAAUGCUUUGUUUGACCCCUUUUGUCCUCAUUCACCGGUUGCACCGAAUAGGGCUCGAGAGACACCUCCACUCUGCUUAUCCAAAUGGAAUAUGUAUAUGGCAAAGACCUCUGUAUAGGAUGUUUAUAUAGAUAUGUAUUUAUGUAUAGCAGCAGCACAGUCCUUGUCGUCUGUGUGUCUAUUUAUUGAUUUUGUUCACUGAUUUUCUUGAUUGACACGUUAGACAAAGUUCGAUGAAACUUCGAUGCGAUUCUUUUUCUCCUUUUUCAUAUCCGGCUAACUCCAUUGACAUUACAUUGAAAUGCAUGGCCCUCCAUAGGAGGUACCAGCACGUUUUAGCUCUGUCACUGAUUACCUCCAAAUUUGGGACGUGGAAGAUUCAAAACGAGCCCUAAUGCUUUGCUAGGCUGCAAUCAUAUGGGACAGCGCUCCAGCUUCCUAAUCAAAGAAUCCCCUUGUACGCAGUAGAAAGGGACACCGGGUCUGACCUUUAUAUGUUGUUGUCCGCUUUUACCAGAGCCAAUAUAACUUGUGAGAUGUAUUUACUGAUUUUGAAUAGAAAGCCUCCGGCAAUCUUGUCAUACGAGAUGGUAGGUUUUAGUUACAUCACCUGGGUGUUCGUAUAUUCUGAAACUGACAUGCUAUGUAUUCAUACAACCGGAGAUAAAAAAUAAAAAAUUAAAUAAAAGUAUAUUAAAAGUAGAAAAUACAGUACAGAGCACGAGAAUACAACGUGGACUAUACAGAUUUUAUGUCAACAGCAAUAAAUUUACGAUAAAUCGAGAACUCACCCCACAUGAGCACUUUAAAGUCGUGAUAAUAAGCAUCCCACCGCUAAAGCUCUCUUCUGUGAAACUCAACAGUCGGGUAUUUCCAUCUUGAAUGAAUAUUACAUCACUAAUAAAUUGCUUCAAUGGAUAGCACUUUUGUUCAAGCAGUAAUUUACUCCUUUUUAGCAAAUGGACUGAUUUGUAGAAGUGUCUUGGGCCCAAAUGUUUGACCUCUUAUUCUUGCAGAGGUAUCAUAUUUCUUAAUGGUGACAAGUGUAACACUCUGGAGUAGGUAACACAGAAUGACUCACACAUAAAACUGUGCACUGUGCAAGAAACAAUUAGACAUGCCUGGAUAUUUGCCAUAGACAAAGAAUGAGAGGGGAGGGGAAAAAAAGUAACAAAUUGACUUUUUCUUUUCAUGUAAGGAGUUGGUUAAAUCACUUUCGUUAUAAAUG